GCGAAAUGGCGCGUGUUCAGUUGAAGAGAGAACAGUGAGAGUGAAUGAAUGCCUACAUUCUUAUUAUCAACUUCUUUUAAGAUAUGGAAGGGAAUGAACGAAAGAGAAGAUUAGAAGACGAUUCAAAUCAAACAAGCUAUUCCAAGCGAGCGUUGCAGAAACAUAAAUCAGACUCAUCAGAUGACGAAGAACAUACUCCUUAUAUAUCGUUGAAAGAUCGCAGAAAGCAAGAGUUAGAGAGACGUGCAAAGCUCCUCCAUGGAAGUGGAAACAUCAAGAAUGAAAAAUCUACGGAAGGAGAAACAAAGAAAGAGAAUGUGGCUGACAAUGCGUCAUCUGGCCUUCCCAAUGUUAGUCUAUUGGACCAGCACAGUGAGCUACUCAAAAAAGCUGAAACUGUCAAAGAAACAGAAAUUGAAAAACAGUUGAAAGAGGAACAAAAGAUUUUGGAGAGCAUUGCGGAAAAGAAAGCUUUGAUGGCUGUGAGUGAAAUUGCAAAAGGAGUCGUUUAUACAGACCCAAUAAAAACUGGAUGGCGUCCACCACGAUAUUUUCAAACUUUUCCUCAAUCAAAAUUCGAGAAAAUACGCAAAAAGAAACACAUUCUAGUCGAGGGAGACGACAUUCCUCCACCCAUCAAGCACUUCAAGGAAAUGAAAUUUCCCCGAGCAAUCAUCAACGCAUUGAAAAGAAUGAACAUCUAUCGGCCCAGUCCAAUACAAAUUCAGGGAAUUCCUACUGUUUUAACUGGUCGCGACAUCAUCGGUAUAGCGUUCACGGGCUCGGGAAAGACUCUGGUCUUCACGUUGCCGAUUGUAAUGUUCUGUUUGGAGCAGGAGAAGGCUCUACCAUUCUGUCGAGACGAAGGUCCAUAUGGUCUUAUUGUUGUACCUUCGCGAGAGCUUGCUAAACAAACGUGUGAUGUUAUUCAAAACUUUACCAGAGCGUUGGAAGUUGAUGGCUUUCCGUCCAUCCGCACUGUUCUCUGCAUCGGUGGGUCUUCCAUGAAGGAUCAGAGUGAGAGGAUAAGACGGGGUGUUCACAUCAUUGUUGCGACGCCCGGUCGACUUAUGGAUUUGCUUGACAAGAAAGUGGUUAACUUGGAUAUUUGCAGAUACCUGUGUCUUGAUGAGGCUGACAGAAUGAUUGACAUGGGUUUUGAAGAAGAUGUUAGGACAAUAUUCUCCUAUUUCAAAUGCCAAAGACAGACGUUAUUGUUCAGUGCGACGAUGCCGAAGAAAAUCCAAAAUUUCGCCAAAAGUGCUUUGGUAAAACCUGUGACAAUAAACGUCGGAAGAGCUGGGGCUGCCAGUCUGGACGUUAUCCAGGAAGUGGAAUACGUGAAACAAGAGGCUAAAGUUGUUUACUUGCUGCAAUGUUUGAAUAAAACAUCACCUCCCGUCCUGGUGUUUGCCUCAAAGAAAUCUGACGUCGAUGACAUUCAUGAAUACUUGUUGUUGAAAGGUGUCGAAGCUGUUGCGAUUCAUGGAGACAAAGAUCAAGAAGAACGGGAGAGAGCCGUCAGUGCUUUCCGCGCUGGACGGAAAGACGUUCUCGUGGCCACAGACGUCGCUUCAAAAGGUCUCGAUUUUCCCAAUAUCGCUCACGUAUUAAAUUACGAUAUGCCUGAAGAUAUCGAGAAUUAUGUGCACAGAAUAGGACGUACUGGACGCAGUGGGAAAACUGGAGUCGCUACCACUUUCAUCAAUAAAUCAUGCGACGAAUCUGUUUUGUUGGAUCUCAAGCAUUUAUUGGCUGAGGCGAAGCAAAAGAUCCCGCCUUUUCUGGCCGCAUUGGAACCUGAAAACGAAGAACUUCUCAAUGUUGGCGAUGAACGCGGUUGUGCUUAUUGUGGUGGCUUAGGUCAUCGUAUAACUGAUUGUCCGAAACUCGAGGCAAAACAAAUCAAAGAAACGGGAAAUAUCGGCAGAAAGGAUUACCUUGCACAUGGAGCUGCUGAUUGGUAGACACGCGGACUGUAACUUCUCGUUCUCGUUAUUUCUACUGUCGGCUUUUGUAAAUAUUAAUGCUGCCUCCUUUCGGAAUAAUCGCGUUCCAAAUGUUAUGUAUUCCACCUCCGCCCUUUCCUUGAGGCCGUGAAACUUCAAUAGGAACUAUGUCCGGUAGUUGGGAGGGGGUAACUCGUAGGUCAAUAUACCGGGUAUGUGUCGAAAUGAUAGGAGCUUUCAGAUUUGUUUUGAUAUGUGAUAUUUCAUUUCAAAAUUCUGUGUAUUUCUUCACAAAA